AUUUCAGCAACGAUCCACUACGGAUUAUUCUCACCCUUCCAUCAUGGUGGACCAUUGGAUAUGAUAGGUCCGCCGUGGAUAGCGCAUGAUUGUAAAAGAAUCGCGAUCGGGUGACCACAUGCAUCCGAUUAACGGGCUGGAAUAAUGGACGGUCCGACGUUUUUUAAUAUACCCGUCCAUUUUCAUCCACUUAAUCUGAUAGUUUUGACAAUCCAAUCACGGUAUUUUGGGGCCACAUACAAUCUACGGGUGGAUCCUUUCUAUCCAACGGUCGUUGGUAGUCGUAGAUGGUUCAACGAGGCCCACCAAGGAAUCUACAGUUUUUUAAAUAUGCCCCCUUCUUUGAGAGAGAGAAGAGGCUCUUGCUUCUUUGGAGAAUCUAUAACUGCUGGAUUUGCAAAGAAGAAGGAGAUGAGAAUUGUUGAUUUUCUAAAAGAAGGUGAUGGUGAUGAAAUGAUUAAGAAGAAGAUUGGUUCUUCAUCGUCUCUACCUUCUUCGCCGCGGUCGAUUCUCUCUCGCUGGAUUGCUUCUCUCACACCUCGGUGUGGGUUAUCAUCUGCAAUUUUGAAAGAUAAGAGAGAGGAAUUGCUAUGGACGGAUGGCGAUGGGAGUAAGGUUGUUGUGGGGUCGCUUACUCGGGUCGCGCCCGAUAAUGAGGGAUUGCAAUUGGAGUUAGGGGGAGAUGGGUGUGGGCAAUUGGACUCUGGGAAGGGAGAAUGCGCAGGUUUGAAGGGGUCUAGAUGUGGAAAGAAUGUGGAAUCUGGUAAUCAAUCUCAUUUGGGUUUGAUUGAUGGAGAGGAGGAUGAUUUGUCGGUGAAUUUGGAAGAAGGUUGCCUAAGCAAAGAAUCGGUUUCGAAUGAGUUGAAGGAGAGUGGGAGUAGGCAGGACCUGACGGGCAAUACGUCAGCAUGUUCGACGUCUAAGCAGACUGCUGUGUCGUCAGGAAGAUGUAUAGAGGAUGCCUCUUUUAGCUUAGGUGUUGGAGCUGGCCUGGUUUUUCUUAUCGCCAAGAGUAGAAAUGAGUUCAAUAAAAUGAUAGAGCUGCAGACCCAAAUCGAAACUCUGCUUAAUGACAUUAAAGAUGAAAUGCGAAAGAAAGACAUGAAUUAUCAUCCUUCUGAGACAAAUACUAUUCUUGUGUAUUCUGCUCCAGAUUCCCAUGGAGUUGAAAGAAUGGAUGAGCAUCUUUCCAUUCAAAAUCAUGGAUCUUCUAUCCAUUUGAGAGGGGGGCAUUCGGCAGUUGAAUGUGUUCAAUCUCCCAAUUUCAGUUCAACUACUGAGAGUGAAAAGUAUGUAGGAAUGGAUCAGUUGGAGGCGGAACUUGAGGCUGAAUUGGAACGUCUGCAGCUCAACUUGGAUGGUGAAGAUUUGUCAGGACUUGGACAGCACCAGUACAUUGAGAUGAUUGUCGAGAAUGCUGCUCCUGCCAGAAUCUUUACCCAGAGAUUCGAAGAGGAUGAUGAGCCUCAAGAAUUUCAUGGGAAUAAUGUAUGUUAUGGAGUUUCUCCGAACGAGCUCGAGAAAAGGCUACAUGAGGUUCUUGAAACAAGACAGCAAGAGCGUAUCGAAGAGCUAGAAUCCGCCUUGGAAUAUGCCGAGCGCAAGCUUCGUGAGAAAGAGAUGGAGAUUCGUUGGUGGAAGGACAAUGUACACUUCCUUUUGCAAGAAAAAACAGGCAGCAGUCGGAUGCCUUUCGGGUAAGAACCGAAGCUGAUUAACUACUUGUAUACCUGUGAAAAAAAAACACAAAAAAACUCGUGGCAUGUUUAGAUUGCAAAAUAAAAAUUGCUAUUUUGGAUUCCUACUAGUAAUGGAAUUUCCAAAAAUUGUGAAAUCGGGCUCUUUUGUGGUGUGUUGGAGGCAGUUGCUUCAUGA